AUGGAAAUUUACAGAUAUGGUCGUAUUCAUAAAGAAUAUUAUAGCGCUAAUGCAAGAUUUUUAUCAGAUGAAGCGAUCAAAGAAAUUAAAACAUCAUUCGGUAGAGUACCUGAUGCUAUUAAUACCAUGGCAAAAAAACAUCGUAUAUCCUAUAUUCAGGUCAAAGAAUAUAUUGAGAAUUGGGAGCGUAAACAACAAAUGAUAUACUCUCAUUCAUCUCAGAUACAAAGUGCAAUGUCUCCCGAAAUAAUAUCAAUAUCUCUAAAUAAAGAAUUAGAAAACAACUAUAUAUCUUUAUUGCAAGGCAGGCUAUUAAGCGAUUCUUUGAAUCAUGGCUCUUCGAGUCUAUGUACUUCAAACAAUACCUCAGAUAAACAGACAAAAAAGAGGUGA